UUGGGCGGAUCUAACGGCAUGCACACACGAGAGUGAGAUUGGGCAAAAACAUCCCGGAUCCGUGAAAGACUGCUCUUCCCUUUCAAUCUCCCCCCGUGAGCUCGGCGCGCGGACAUUCACGAGAUUCUGGACAUUCUUGUUUUAGUGAAAGCUACGACUCCAACUGCCCCCAUUUCGAGGGCUCGAUGCGAUUCCCUUUGCGGUCAGAUGAGUGAGAGGAGAGACAGCACGAGGACUUUAGGGGAAGAGGCGAUAUCUGACAACUCACCCUCAGCUAGUAAACAGAGGACACAGUUCCCAUCUCCCUCUCUCAUCCAAUACGGACAACUUUGAUUCUUCACUACAAAGAGUUUACGCUUGACAGUUCACGCAAACAGAAACGAGAAAAUCCGCUCUUCAUAACACUGUUAUUAACUGAUGAUGGACAUAUUUGGAAAAUGUUGAUCUUACCGUCUUAAAAAGUCCAUUCUGUUGAAGAAAGCGUUUGAUAAGGGAUUUUCGAAAGUGACAUUAGCCUACAGAAGAGAAAAAAGCGUCUCGCAAGCGCGAGGAAGACGCGUCUGCUUCGCCCGUUUUGGUUUUAUUAAAUAUCUGCUACCACCACAAAGAAGGCUAAAAAGUGCUAUUAGCGGCCAAUAAAGUGUUUGGCAAUAGCUCAGUGAUCCAUGCUCUAGCAGCAGCAGCAGCUGAGGCGCAGCCCGAGUCAAUCCCCUCCUUCUGAUGUGCAAUAUUACAAGCAGGAAUACCCAAUCAAACACCUAUCGCAUCGAUUCUCUGAGCGGAUUCCCAGCGCGCGCGGACAAAAUAAGCAAACGAGCCAGCGCGCGGGCUACAAGUCCGUCCAUCUCCUCCUUCAAGCUUUUUGUCUAUUCCCCGGUUUGUUUAUUAUAAAAGAGAUGGACGUUUGAAAGGCGCUGGGCACUUGGAGUCUUUUGGAUUUUUACAGAAAGCCUUCGGCGAGAGCCGCGCAGAUUAUUAUUGUUUUGUUGUUGCUUUUGCGAUUACUCGGACCGGAUUCCUCAUGGAUAACACGUUUAUUCAAGCAAUCGACUUGCCUGUUGCAGCUUCCAGCGCGGAGUGAGUGAGAAUCGCACUGAGGCACGAGCGGUUUUUCUCCCCGCUGUAACGGCUCGACUCUCCGUCAAACCCAAAAGACGCGCGGGGGGAAAGAGAGAAAGGAACGAGGGGGAAAAUCCCGCUUCGUCUUCAUCCUCUUCAGAUCUUACCGUCUGAUUUUUUGGUUUGAAAACUGCCGAUACAUGUCAGGCGUGUGAAAGCGCCCCAGGUGCCGUGUAUCAGAGCAGAAGCGGAGCAGCUCUCGGGAUCUCAGGGGCUCCUGAAAAAAAAAAAAAAAAAAAAAACCCUGAAAGAGAAACAUGCCGCGGAGGAAACAGCAAGCGCCCCGGCGCUCGGCAGCAUAUGUGCCAGAAGAGCUAAAGGAGGGUGCCUUACUCGAUGAGGAUGUUGAGGGAGAGGAUUCAGCAUUGGAAGAGGAACCUGCCAUGAAGUAUGUGUGCCAGGACAAAGACUUGCUCCUUAAAGACAGGCCAGGCUUUCAUGACUCUCCACCGGCCGAUUUCUCCAGCCAUGAGAUGGACAGCGAGUCACACCUGAGUGAAUCCAGUGACCGCAUGUCAGACUUUGAGAGUGCCUCAGUGAAGAACGAAGAAGAUAUCUCAGCCAAGGAGCCUCUCACCUCUCUUUCUUCAACUUCGUCAAUGAUGAUGACGACAACAGCCACACCAAUCAGUGAGGAGAUGACGCAAUUAGGGCCAGACAGCCUGGAGCAGAUGAAAGCUAUCUACACUAGUUUCCUGACCAACUCUUACUGGUCAUCGCUGAACUUGAAUGUGUCUCAGCAACCAGCAGAAAAGCCCCCACGUAGCCACAGUAGUAGCAGCAGCAGUAGUAGCAGCAGCAGUAGCUGUGGUAGUGGUGGUUACGACUGGCACCAGACAGCCAUUGCAAAGACUUUGCAGAAUGUUUCACAGAACCAGAGUAGACUGAUGAACCCAGCCUCUGAGCCAAACCUUUUCAGUACUGUGCAGCUUUAUCGGCAGAGCACCAAACUGUAUGGCUCCAUCUUCACUGGUGCAAGCAAGUUCCGGUGCAAAGACUGCAGUGCCGCCUAUGAUACUCUGGUUGAUCUCACGGUGCACAUGAACGAGACGGGCCAUUACCGGGAUGACAACCAUGAGACAGACAGUGAAGGUACCAAGCGCUGGUCAAAGCCUCGCAAGCGUUCCCUCCUGGAGAUGGAAGGUAAAGAGGAUGCCCAGAAAGUUCUUAAGUGCAUGUACUGUGGACAUUCCUUUGAGUCACUGCAGGACCUUAGUGUUCACAUGAUCAAGACGAAACACUACCAGAAAGUGCCUCUCAAGGAACCUGUAACUCCUGUGGCAGCCAAGAUUAUCUCCUCAGCUCGUAAAAGAGCCCCUAUUGAGCUAGAACUCCCCAGCUCACCAGAUUCCAAUGGCGGCACCCCCAAGCCUUCUUUAUCUGACACCAAUGACCUUCUGCAAAAGACCCCAAAUCCCUACAUCACACCCAACAAUCGGUAUGGACACCAGAACGGUGCUAGUUAUGCGUGGCAGUUUGAGUCACGGAAAUCCCAGAUCCUGAAAUGCAUGGAGUGUGGUAGCUCGCAUGACACACUGCAGGAGCUGACGGCCCAUAUGAUGGUCACGGGACACUUCAUCAAGGUCACUAACUCUGCCAUUAAGAAAGGCAAACCUAUCAUGGAGUCGAUGUCCAUAACGGCUCCUAACACAAUACCUACCAAUGAAGAAAAGGUACAGUCAGUGCCACUGGCUGCCACCGCAUUUUCUCCACCACCACCUGCACCUCCUCCCCCUUGUAUUUCUCCUGCCAUCACACCCAUGGAGAUUAAAAAAGAGGAGAAGGAAGUGGAGUGUACCAAGGAGACAAAUAAUAGCAAAGACAAGAAGGCAACAGAAAGCGAAACCGACGAGAAGUUUGAAGUUUCAUCCAAAUAUCCAUAUUUGACUGAGAAAGAUCUUGAAGAAAGCCCUAAGGGGGGGUUUGACAUAUUGAAGUCUCUCGAGAAUACAGUAACAUCUGCCAUCAACAAAGCACAGAAUGGCACACCCAGCUGGGGAGGCUACCCCAGUAUUCACGCUGCCUACCAGCUUCCAAACAUUAUGAAACUGUCCCUGCGCAACUCAGGGAAAAGUUCUCCCCUGAAGUAUAUGUUUUCUGGAGAAGAGAUUCUGUCUCCUACCAAAAGCCAACCUCUUGUUUCUCCACCUAGCUGCCAAACAUCUCCUUUGCCCAAAAACAACUUCCAUGCCAUGGAGGAGCUAGUUAAAAAAGUCACAGAAAAAGUGGCCAAAGUAGAGGAGAAAAUGAGGGAUCCUGGAGCCAGGGCCUCCCCACUUAGACGAACCACACCUUCUCCUUGCAGUAGCGAUGCAGGCGAAUCUGCCAGAGGGGAGUCCCCCAAGGAAAGGAGAGGAGCCAAAACCCCUGAGACUAAUGGGGGUGGAAAUACUCACAAAGAUUCAAAUGGUGAUGCUCUCACAAAAGAGUCUCUGGAGAAUGGCACUGACCAUGCUGUCAAAACCUCUGUGUCUACCUUAUGCAGCAGCACUGCUAUUAUAACUGACCAUCCUCCAGAGCAGCCAUUUGUCAACCCUUUAAGUGCGCUUCAGUCUGUCAUGAAUGUUCACCUAGGCAAAGCUGCCAAACCUGCCCUGCCAUCUCUUGAUCCCAUGAGCAUGCUCUUCAAGAUGAGCAACAGCCUGGCAGAGAAGGCAGCUGUAGCUGCAUCCACUCCAUCUCAGACCAAAAAGAACAAUGAGCACCUAGACCGCUAUUUCUACCACAUCAACAAUGACCAGCCUAUUGAUCUGACCAAAGGCAAGAGCGAUAAGAGCAACUCUUUGGGAUCUGCUGCCCUGUCCUCCUCCACCUCCACUCCCACCUCAAUUUCACCAUCAUCAACCAUCACCAUGGCCAAAGCCUCAUCUGCUGUGGUUUCCUUCAUGUCCAACUCACCUCUGCGAGAGAAUGCCCUUUCCGACAUCUCUGAUAUGCUGCGCAACCUAACAGAGAGCCAUGCGUCUAAAUCCUCAACACCGACGAGUCUUUCAGAGCGCUCGGAUAUAGAUGGAUCGACUCCAGAGGAAUCAGAGGAUCUCCCCGCUCAAAAACGGAAGGGCCGGCAAUCCAACUGGAAUCCUCAGCAUCUACUUAUCCUUCAGGCACAGUUUGCCUCCAGUUUGCGGCAAACAGGCGAUGGCAAGUACAUUAUGUCGGACCUCAGUCCACAGGAGCGAAUGCAUAUUUCUCGCUUUACUGGGCUCUCAAUGACCACCAUCAGUCACUGGCUGGCCAACGUCAAAUACCAGCUGAGGCGGACAGGUGGCACAAAGUUCUUGAAAAAUCUAGACUCUGGCCACCCAGUCUUCUUCUGCAGUGACUGUGCAUCACAAAUCCGUUCCCCCUCUACCUAUGUCAGCCAUCUUGAAUCACAUCUGGGCUUCCGGCUCAGGGACCUGGCCAAGUUAUCUGGAGAGCAUCUUAUUAGCCAGAUCUCACGCCACACCAAGGGGCUCUCUGAGAAACUGCUUUCAGCCCAAGUGCAUUCUUUGGCCCAUUCGAUCCCCAACCCCAGUCCUCAUUCUCUUUCUCCCUCCCCUUCCCCAGACGAGGAGGCAAAUGGCACCUCAUAUCAGUGUAAACUGUGUAACCGGACUUUUGCCAGCAAGCACGCUGUCAAGCUCCAUCUGAGUAAGACCCAUGGUAAAUCCCCUGAGGACCAUCUUAUGUAUGUUAGUGAACUUGAGAAACCUUAGCAAUGGCCAAGGACAAAAACUCUGUCUCUCAUCUCUUUAUCUCCUGUCCUUUUUUUCAAGCCUUCUGACUAACAUUUCUUAAGGAAAAAGAAAGAACUGCAAGUAAUUAACGAAGAACUAACUGCACAUAGAUGCCAAAAAACUACUGUUUAGUUUUGGCACAUCAUUUGGAGUUUUCCUCUGGGGAGCACUCAUUUGGCCCUAGAGACAUUCAUUUUCUGCAUUUUUAGUUCACAAAGGAAAACAGAGAAAAUUAUGACAAUUGAUAAUUUUCUAACUGUGCAAUGCUGAGUGAAGAGGUCACUGGUAAAAUAUGAAGGUAAAUAAAAAAAGACUUAAAAUGAAGUUGUAUGUAUUUGAAAGUUGUGUAAAUUGAUUUUAUUUUUAUUUUCUUUUUGGCAUCCUUGAGAUGCAGUCAGCUGCAUGCAUUAAUGAAAUGGUUUAGUUCAAUAUUUGAUAACUAAAUCCGGGCUUUUCUUUCUCUCUCUUUACUUCUCUCUUCUUUUUUUUUCUCUUUUUUUUCUUUUUUUACGUGACCUAAGUAUGCUGGUGUCAGCAGAAAAAAUUUAACCCUCUGAGUACGCCUAAAUACUUCUAUAUUUACAAUCCCCCUCCAAAAGUAAAUAUAUAUAUAGAAAGAGAUAAAUUAGAGAUUGGAAAUCAAGUUGAUAUCUAUUUGAGUGGGAAAAUUGAAGGGUAUUUUGUCUACCCAUUAAAAGUUACAUCAUCUGAUAUAUCACCUCUUAUACAGGUUGCAGUGCAUAAAUAUGUGUGAAUCCAAAAUAGCAGUUUUUUAGUUUGCUCAAAUCAGGGGCCUUUAUGAAUUCAGGUCAGUGUAAAAAUGUGUACAUAAAUACAUAAACUAAUUUCUGUCUAAAUUAUGCAUCAUUUUAUAUUUUUUAAUUUAAGAUGAGUAUGACUAUCUACUGGUGCACAAUAUAUGAAGACAUUAAUGAAAUUGUUUUGCACAAUAGUUUUAUAAAUAUGUUAUUUAAUCAGAAGAUAUGAAAAUGAGAAGAAAAAAAAUCACAUUUUAUUUCCACCUCGUGCUCAAAGGGUUAAACUUAUUGUACAAGACAGUACUUGUUCCAUCAUUUCACUUAAAUGGUUGUAUAAAAAGAUGCUACUUUAUAAUGUAAGGAGGAAUUCCACAAUGUAACCUUUUUAUUUAUAAACACUCUCGUUUGUUGUUUCAUAUUGUAGAAUGCCUUUUUGAUUGGUAUCUUUUAUUUUGUUGUUCUGUCUAAUUAUUCCUCCAUAAAAUCACAUUGCAGCUUCAUCAUUUUUGGGGAUAUGAAAGGUAACCAUGGUUACCUUACCUCCAAUUGACAGUUCUGCUACGUUUUGGCAGUUAAUUUACUGAAGUAACUGACAGCUGCCAGUGAAUGGAAAUCUUAUGUGUAAAAUAUUGGCAUGUUAACAGCACAGGCACUGUUAUGCAUUCUGUGCUGUUUCUUUUUUGUUGUUGUUGACAAUGAAGCUCUCAUUAUAUGACUUCAUAUAACCUUUUUUCUACUGCAGCAUUAAAUUGAAAUUGUUUUGGUUUUUUGCAAUAA